GCAAGAUGUUCCGACUACUGCUACUUGCUGCCCUGGUCCUUUGCGGACGUUGUGAUGUAGAUGACAGCUACGUUGAGGACGCUGUACGUGUGGUAGGAGGAACAAAUGCUGCCAAGAACGCUUGGCCAUGGCAGGUUUCUCUCCAGUACUUGUCCGGCAGCGCUUGGUACCACACUUGUGGGGCAAGUCUUAUCCGUGCCAACAGAGUCUUAACAGCUGCUCACUGUGUUGACAGGGUUGUUUCCUUCCGUGUUGUUUUGGGAGAUCAUAAUAUCAAUGCUAAUGAUGGCACUGAACAGUACAUUUCUGUUUCAAAAAUUGUAAAGCACGCCAACUGGAACACAAACAAUGUUGCAGCUGGGUAUGAUAUUGCAGUCCUCCAUUUGGCCUCCAGUGCCACCCUCAACACCUCUGUGAAAUUGGCCAACCUGCCCGCUGAUGGUGCUAUCCUGGCCCACAACUAUGGCUGCAUUGUUACAGGAUGGGGCAGAACCAGCACUGGGGGAGCCCUUGCCUCUGUCCUGCAACAGGCUCCUCUGUCUGUUGUCCAACACUCAACUUGCUCCAGCAGCUCCUGGUGGGGCAGCACUGUGAAGACCACUAUGGUGUGCGCUGAUGGUGCCGGAAUCCGUUCUUCUUGCAACGGAGAUUCUGGUGGCCCCCUGAACUGUGCUGUCAAUGGAGUCUAUCAAGUCCAUGGUAUCGUCAGUUUUGGAUCUGCCAGCGGAUGUAACAUAGUCCAGAAACCAUCUGUAUUCACCAGGGUGUCAGCCUACAUUGCCUGGAUCAACAGUGCUCUGUAAAGAGAUCACAAUCAACACAAAAAAAUCACAUCAUAUGUGCAACUUAUUUUACUUAUCCUGUUAAAAUGGUAAUAAAGGACCAGAAGCAAA